AUGUCGCUCACGCACGCGAAGAACAACGUGUGGACCUGCGAGUCGUGCAACUGCAAGACGAACCCCGUGCGCGCCGUCGAGUGCGCCAUCUGCGGCACGGCGGCCCCGAAGACGAAGUUCGGCCGCAAGGCCCACGGCAGCUACGUGCUCGUGAGCCUCAACAACGCGAAGCGGCGCGCCUUCGCGCGCGUCUUCGACCUGCGCACGGACACGGUGCUCACGGAGGAGCUGCCCGCCGCCGAGGAGCUCGACGACCGCGUCGCCGUCGCGCUGCGUACGGCGCUCGACGCGGGCUACCAGGCCAAGGUGCGGCACGAGAAGCACCGGCGGCACUCGACGGCCCAGACCCUGGCGAAGCGCGUGCACCGCGAGCGCGAGGCCGAGGAGAGCCGCGCGCGCGUCACGGGCGACCUCUUCGCGCAGGUCAUGGCGCACGACCGGAGCCAGGCGAACGUGCAGCGCAUGCUCGGCCAGCAGAGCGACAUGCGGCGGCGCAUCGAGGCCAUCGCCGUGGAGCCGGACCUGCACUCCUACGACGACGACCCGCGGAGCCGCUACGCGUCGUCCGUCGACGAGGACGAGGCGCGCGUGCUCAUCGACGCGGGCGCGGCGGCGCGCGCGGCCAUGGUGCCCUGCACGUGCUGCGAGCGGCCCUACCGGGCGCGCGCCAUGCUGGGCGUGGCCUCCUUCCACGCCGUCGCCGAGUGGCGGCGGCGGCGCGGCGCGGACAUCCCGCGCGGCGACGCGCGGCACGGCAUCACGAAGCGCUACGAGGGCGUCAAGCUCUGCGUCUUCUGCACCCAGUUCUUCGACGACGAGUUCUGCGACUACGUGCGCAUCUCCGGCGACGCCGCCGUCGUCGACGACCCCGUGCUGCGGCUCGCCAAGGGGCCCGAGGUCGAGAUCGCGCGGCCCCACAAGGGCGAGGCGCAGCGCGCCGUCGGCGUCCUGGGCCUCGCGGCGGCGGCGGCGGCGGCGGGCGCGCACGCGCGGGGCGUGCCGCUGCCGCCCGUGGCGUCCGCGCGGCCCGCGUCGACGCUGCGCCAGCGCAUGGCCAAGUCGGAGCUCCAGAUGCGCGCGAGCCAGCCCCUCAAGAUGGACCCCUGGGGGUCGCACCUCGCGGCGCACGAGACCCGAAAGCCGCCGAAGCCGCUCCCCGCCAUCGCGAAGAAGGACCCGGCCGUCGAGCUCUCGCGGUCCGCGCCCUCGCUCGGCGACGCCGCCGCGGCGCCGAAGCGGCGGAAGCCGCCGAAGAAGGCGCGCUUCGCGGAGCCGCCGCGGGCCGCCGCGCCGCCGCCGGCCGCCGACGCCGCGGCGGACCACCGGGUCCUGGGCGCGCGGCUCACGAACUCCGGCGCCUUCGGCCGGCCCGCGACGCCGCGCGCGCCGCGCGCGGCGACGCCGCCGCCGCUCCGGGGCCGGGGCCGGCCCAAGCCCGAGCGCGCGGUCCGCGACUCCUGGGCGGGCCAGGCGCCGCACGACGCGCGCCGCGACCCCGGCGCCCCGGAGCCGCCGCCCUCGCCGUCCUACAAGGCCGUCGACGACGCGUCCAACGUCUACGUCGUCUCGAAGCGGCGGCGCGCGCGGAAGCGGGCGCCGUACGCGCGGUCGACCGCGCGGCCGCCCGUGCGGCCCGACGCGCUCCUCGCCGACCGCGCCCAGCGGUCGUCCAUGCAGAACACGGACGGGAGCCGCGUGCCCGACGCGAAGAGCCGCUUCACCGCGGCGGCGCAGCCCCACUUCUUCACGGAGACGGACGGCGGCCUCGCGAAGCCCCGGCGGCGGAGGAAGAAGGAGCCGGGCCCGGAGGACCACGACCACGUCGAGCGCAACGCCCGCGCGUCCUGGGCGGGGCAGAGGCCCCACAACUUCGACGCGGACGCGCCGCGCGCGCCGUCCAUCUACGGCGACGGCAAGCGCGUGCCCGAGCCCAAGACGCGCAACACGGCCAAGCACGUGCCCUUCAUGUUCACGCACGACACGCUCGCCGAGCCCACGCAGCGCCGGGCGAAGCACCGCGACAAGAGGACCAUGCACAGCGCCGCGUUCCGCUAA